AGAUGAAAAAGCACUGCAGCAAUACUCCCCAACAACUGCUGGGACCACUGAACUCAGAAACACAGCAAGAGAUCAUAUUUGAAAUAUGGCUCAAAGUGACUUCCUCUACCCAGAUAACCCAAAAAGGCGACAAGAAGUAAAUCGUCUUCACCAGGAGCUCCUUGACUGCUUAUCUGACAGCUUCCAUGCCACCAAUAAGCUGAUUGGGGUUUUAAAUACGCACUUAGGGUGCAGGCUGGCCUCCAUUGAAAUGAAAAGAGAUGCGACCAUCAAAGAAAACUGUGAUAUCAUCAUCCAAGCCAUGAUGAAAAUCCAAAAAGAAUUGCAAAAGGUUGAUGAAGCACUAAAAGAUAAACUAGAGCCAACCCUUUAUAGAAAACUUCAGGAUAUUAAGGAAAAAGAAACCGAGAAAAUUGCAAUAGUACAAAAGGUUAUUUCAGUCAUCCUGGGAGAAGCUACUUCUGCUGCCAGUGCAGUGGCUGUUAAACUCGUGGGCUCAAACAUCACAACUGGCAUAAUUAACAAGUUGGUCACUGUGUUAGCUCAAAUUGGUGCUUCUCUCCUUGGUAGCAUAGGAGUUGCUGUUCUUGGCCUUGGCAUAGAUAUGAUCUUCCGUGCCAUCCUGGGAGCAGUGGAGAAAACACAGCUUCAAGAAGCCAUCAAAAGUUAUGAGAAGCAUCUGGUGGAAUUCAAGUCAGCCUCAGAAAAAUAUCAUCAUGCCAUUAUUGAGGUCACCAACACAGUGAAACAACAAAUGAAAUAAACAGUUACUUUAUUUGCCACUGGAAUAUUUUUCUGCUUCUUUCCCAAUAAUAGUGUUUUGCUUCUUUGAUUAGGCUUAUUUUCCAUAAGCUUCCAAAUAGACAUAAAUACCAUAAACAACUCAGAAAGAGGACUCAAAGAUGCUAAAACUAGAUGACUCUAGAGAGUCUUCUAUCAACGAUGAAUGUCUGGAUCAGUUGGUGCUAGACCCUGUGAGUAAAAGAUUACAUCCUGGUAUGUCUUCUCACUGUGCUCUACAGAUCAACAUUAGGGUGAAUGCUAUUGUAGAGCAGCAGGUGUAGGGGUUACCUUUUCCUUUUCUAAUUCCCAGUCAAAAUCCUUCAAAUUUGCAUUGAAUGCACAGACUUUCACUUCUACCACCAGCUCAGACAUCAUUUAGUUCUAAGGGACAUACUUAGUAACUUCUGCCCACAUGCAAACACUAAGCCUUCCAAUGGAAUAGAAAUACUACCGUAAUUUUGACCAUCAGUUUAAAUCCAAUUUUCUGUAAGUUGGAAGAGACUGAAAUAUGGUUUGUAGCAAUUUAUGUCAACGAUGAAAGGAGGCAAUCGUUCUGUAAACUUCUACUAAUUACACACUGUAAUCUGGAUGGAACUUUAAAGAGGGAAAAGUUAAAACUAUAAAAGAUAAAAGUUGUUUCUAUAGUUGCAAUCAACCCUGACCAACUGUGAUGUGAUGAUUAAAUAUCCCUCAAGUGAAUGUCUGAACACUUUGGAACAUUUUCAAAACAAGCAAACAAGCAAAGCCCAGGUAUAUAAAUGAAUUUAGU